CGGACUACCAGGUCUCGGUGAGACCUGUUCUUUGCGAUGGGGCAAGGACAUCUGAACUUGGCGAUGGGCCGAUACUUUCUCUAACAACGCCCUCCAUUGUUCUGCCCACCUUGAUGGAAGCUCCUCAAAUCGCAAACAGAUCCUCUACAAUUGUGGCCAUCCGGUGGACCAAUCAGCAUGAAGGAGACGGGCCAAUCUGUGGUUACGAAAUCAACAUCAAGAAAAACGACGAUGAUGAUGAUGACAGUGAUCCAUGGCUCAGCGUCGGCUUCGUGUCGGUGGAGAGCGAGCUACAGUUCGAUGUCGGUCACCUAGAGGCAAUUACUACGUACCAAGUCGCAGUUUCUGCAAUCAAUUGCAUAUCUGCUCGGGAAGGCCCACGGGAACCAAUACUGCAGUUCACCACCACGGACGUCACACUUCCUGUGGUCGAGGUACGGACCACAGGCGAUUACUGCAAGUGGACUUUGUCGGCUGGUGUGCCCAUUAUAGUCGUUGUAGCACUACUGCUUAUUUUGGCGUGUAUUUUAGGCAUCAGGCACUAUCGCUCCAAGAGGGAAGAUAGUGUGAAAGACCGGUAUACACCUACCAUGCCUACGCAUUCCUCUAACCUGUGGACCGCAUCGGCACCAAGCAAUGUGUAUGCUAUCGGCAAUGAUAAUGACGAGCACCCUUACGAAGACAUAGGACAAAUGGCUCUCACAGAUGGAACUGAGAAAGGAUAAAUUGUCAUAGAGAUCAACGAGUGAAUUCAAGUGAUUAUCGGACAAAUGUUACAAAGGCAAAGAUCAAUCGGUGAAAAGAAGUUUAUAGUCGUGUACAUUGUACGCUCUGCAUUUCUUCACCUCAUUGGAACCACUAACGGCAGGAAAAAUUCAUACAAAUCCAGAAGAUUCUCAUCUGCAGCUUCACGUUUUUGGAAUUCCCUUCCCAAAACCGUCCGAACUAUCACCAAAUAAACUAUCGUUAAAGUAGAUAUUCAU